UCAGCUGUCUGUUCACAAGCGGUCAAAGCUGCUUAUUGGCCUUCAGGUCGAUCAUCGGCCUUCUCGGCAUCGGCCAUUGAUACAUCUUACUUCACACAUGUAUACUACGCAUUCGUCAUGCCCGAUCAGAACACUUAUGAGCUUGUGAUAACUCAGCCACACGAUCAGAUGCUGCUGAACUUCACUGCGACGAUGCACAGCAAGCACCCACCAGUCAAAGCUCUUCUGUCCAUUGGAGGUGGAGGAAGCAAUCGCACCAUCUUUGCACUCAUGGUCAGUAAUUCAUCAUCGCGGGCCGUAUUCAUCAACUCAACGAUAACCAUUGCUCGGAUGUACGGUCUAGAUGGGCUUGAUCUUGACUGGGAAUUCCCACAGAAUCAGGAGGAGAUGGAUAAUCUCGGAUUCCUCUUCGCUGAGUGGCUGGCCACACUCAGGAAAGAGGCGAAGGACACCGGCCGUCGCCGGCUACUUCUCACUGCUGCAGUCUACUUUUCUGUUGAUAUCUUACUAGACGGCGUCAAACGAACGUACCGCACCGGAUCGAUCCGUCGGAACCUUGAUUGGGUGAGUCCUAUGUGCUUCGACUACCAUGGAUCAUGGGACACGUCGGUCACUGGGGCUCAUGCAGCGUUGUAUGAUCCCAACGGUUCGAAUCUGACGACUAGCUACGGCAUCACGUCGUGGAUCAAUGCUGGUAUCCCACCUUGGAAGGUUGUGAUGGGCCUACCGCUCUACGGUCGAACAUGGCAGCUCAAGGACCCGAGUAUUCACGGUAUCGGAGCACCGGCUGUCGGUGUGGGCCCCGGAGACGGCAUCAUCGUAUACUCUGAUUUGAUGGACUACAAUGUCCAGAACAAUGCCACAAUGUCCUAUGAUGGGGCUACAGUGUCUGCCUAUUCAUAUGCUGGGACAUCGUGGAUCGGUUACGAUGAUGCCACGUCAAUCAUAGGGAAGAUCAAGUACGGACAGAGGGAAAAGAACAUACGUGGAUAUUUCUUCUGGGCGCUUGGAUUCGACAAGGAGUGGACCAUCUCUAAGCAAGCUUCUGAUGCAUGGGUGAAUUGA